ACUAAGAGUAAUAUGUUCCUACAUUUAAUUAUAUUUGUUUAUAAUAAUCAUUACAAAAAAGCCUCAACAUGGAUGCCCCCACAGAAGUCAAUUUGCAAGGGAAAUCAUUUACAACGUAUGAAGGAUAAUUCAGAUACACAUUACCAAGUCUGAGCUGCGACAAUGGAAUCUCAAUCACAAAACGAAGUGAAUGAGCAAUUGGACACGGUCUCAGUUUCUACUAUGUGGUUUCUGCAGCUGUGGUAUUCGGACGAUAUACAGAUACGAAUUUGCCGCUACCUCAUUUACAGCAUAAUUGUCUUGCUUGCUCUCAUACAUGUAGCCUGGCGAUGGUAUGGACCAGAAAUAUCAAACAUGUACACGAAACAGGGUUUUUCAAGUCCAGCCAGUCCAGAGAAAGAUCGUUCAAGUACAAGGUGUGAAGAUGUACAGAGUGAUGCUUCAUCUGACAAAAAAACUGAUUGAAAUUAAUAAACCACCUAUGUACAUAUUUCAGUGCAAUGUUGAGUUAUUUAUAACAAUGGGAAUUUAGAAAUAUUGUAUGGCAAAUUUAUAUUGGAAAGUACUCUAGACAUAGUACAAUGAAACGCAAGUACAGUAAUGAGGCAACAGAGUUUCCAUUCUGCAAUAUAUGUGCCAAUUAUUUAUGGUUGGGGACAUCAAUAUUAUUGUACAAUGUUGCUGAAAGUGCCAAAAUCAAAAUCAAGUAAAUACUGUUUGGUUGGCAUGGGUAAAUAGAGAACUUUGACUUUGUGGUGUUGGGCUGUUUUAAUUUUAGUAAUGUAUAAGAAUACAACAUUGAGAUGGUAGUAUCAAGCACUGAAACAUUUUGGGACAUUACUGAUCAUCUUGUCACCUUGCAGGUACGGAAUUGUUAAUCGUUUAUGAGAUAAACCAAUGUAAAGUUCUGCCUGUUAGGACAUUUCAAAACAAAGAUACAUGUCAAUCACUGAUCUCUACUAUAAUUGCUCAUGGACUGGUUUCAGUAAAGCCAUGAUGCCGUGUCUGGGAACCUAAAACGUCACAGAUACGUCAUCACAGCGUGAAACUUUUGAACCGGUGUGGCAUUCACCAACAACGCGACGUCAUCGCGCUUUUGUUAAACUGCAUAAACAGGUGCGUUGAGUGGUUAAAUCAUUCGAAAACAUUUUAUGUUAAAUUUAAAUUUAUUAUAAAAAAUUAUUUCAAGAAUCAUCAUUUUAAACAAAUGCCAAACCAAAUUUUUUCUAAACUUACAGUAUACGUCACUUGGGCUCCCCAACAUGGCGCCAGUCGCUUCAUUUUUUUUUCUGUACAAUGACUGGCUGAUGAGCAAUCCAGCGAUUAUAAUAGAGAUCAGUGAUUUCAAUUUACUUUAUGUAUGUACAUAAGUUUACCUUGAUUUGUACUAAUAGCACACAAACAUAUUGAAUUGCUUAAAUACUACUACAGUACAUCAAUCAAUCAAUUGGAACACUUAUUGUUUUCAUUUACUAUUCUUCAAACUUGUCUCGUUAUUUGUUAUAUUUGUUUUAUUAUUAUUGAGAAGUAAAUGUUCUUUUUAACUUGAAAGCUAAUGGGGAAUAAGAUAAUAUUCCAUUUUAUUUGGAAUGAUGAAAUUUAUUAAAAAUUUAUUUAAAAAUUUUUAAA